GGGGCGCUGGGCAUCUCCUGGGUGAAAUAUUAUUGCCAGUACGAAAAAGAGGCAAAAACCUUACGGAUGACGCCCAUGGACCAGAAGCCUGGAGCUAAGCAAGGCACCUUAGACCUGACACUGAAAUCCUGUGUAAGGAGAAAGACAGACUCUAUAGACAAAAGGUUUUGCUUUGACAUUGAAACUAAUGAAAGGUCGGGGACCAUCACACUGCAGGCACUCUCAGAAGCCAACCGAAGGCUGUGGAUGGAAGCCAUGGAUGGGAAGGAGCCGAUCUACCACAGUCCCAUCACGAAACAGGAAGAGAUGGAGCUGAACGAGGUGGGCUUCAAGUUUGUCCGGAAGUGCAUCAACGCGGUGGAAACGAAAGGGAUUACCACGGAGGGCAUCUACCGGACUGUUGGCAGCAAUAUUCAGGUGCAGAAGUUGCUGAAUGCCUUUUUUGAUCCAAAAUGUCCGGGGGAUGUGGAUCUCCAAAGUGGUGACUGGGACAUCAAGACGAUUACCAGCUCGCUGAAGUUUUAUCUCAGGAACCUGUCUGAACCCGUCAUGACGUACAAGCUCCACAAAGAGUUGGUCCUGGCUGCCAAAUCUGAGAACCUGGAUUACAGACUGGGAGCCAUUCACGCGCUGGUCUAUAAACUACCUGAGAAGAACAGAGAGAUGUUACUGCUCCUCAUACAACACCUCGUCAACAUAUGUGAGCACAGCCGAGAGAAUCUGAUGUCACCCUCCAACAUGGGGGUGAUAUUUGGACCUACCCUCAUGCGCGCGCAGGAGGACACCGUGGCAGCGAUGAUGAACAUCAAGUUCCAAAACAUAGUAGUGGAGAUCCUCAUCGAGCACUUUGGGAAGAUCUACUCUGGCCCCCCAGAAGACACCACCGCCCCCCCAGUGCCUCCUCCCAGGGUGGCUGCCCGGCGGCACAAACCCAUCACCAUUUCCAAACGUCCUCUGAGGGAAAGACCCGUCUUCUUCGGUGCUUCUGUGGAAGAAAGUGGAGCAGACCGGCACGGCCAGACCCCCAAC